CAAGAUCAUCCGGCGGCAUUCCGCAGACCACCACGAUACUCACCCGAUAAACUCAAUCAACUGCUGUUGCAAGAUCGGAAUUGCUGCCACAUAGCUACAGUGUUUUCCGGAUCACUGAGCAAGGGCUGGAAGUUCUGUGAACCACUGUGCGGAUAAACUUUUAUCAAUCACGUCCUGUCACAACUCCCAACGCCACCAAAAGUCGACACGACAUGCCUGAAUUGCCAGAUGCCAAUUCGGCAGCCCCAGAAAGGUCAGAGCCUCGAGCGUUCUCAAGAGCACUGGAUGUGGCCACUGAAUCAAAACGUAAAUCCAAGACUAGAAGAAGGGUAGGAUCAAGCUUAAGCUCGCCAGAUUCUGAUCUUGACAGGGAUGAGAAAGAUUUCGACGGCCACCGUCCAUCAAGCCGAGAAUUGAAGAAAAGCGUUUCCAGAUCGCGCAGCCAAGCCAGCUUCGCUCGAACAAUCCAACAACCUCUCGCGACAGCUACAGGCACGGGAGCGCCCAUCUCAAAGUCGCCUUCGAGACGCGAUACAACGUUAUCGAGGUUACGGACUCGGACAAAUACGGCGACCUUUACUCACGCGCUGGCCCACCAGCAGACUGCUGCAGAUGUACUUGUGGACUUUGAUGGUCUUGACGAUCUAUACCGACCCAUGAAUUGGCCCACUAAGAAGAAGGUUCUCACUACUAUGAUGUAUGGUCUGACCACGAUGACUGCGACAUGGGCAUCAUCUGCUUAUAGCGCUGGCACGCGGCAAGUUGCUGCAGAGUUCCAUGUCGGGGACCAGGUUGCUGUGCUGGGUACUACACUGUUCUUGUUCGGUUUCGGUGUAGGUCCUCUUUUAUGGGCGCCACUUUCAGAGGUCUUCGGCAGAAAGCUGGCUGUACUGGCGCCUAUGUUCUUGGCCAUGUGUUUCAGCUUUGGAAGCGCAACCGCGAAGGACUUCCAAACGCUGAUGCUGACACGCUUCUUUGGCGCUUUCUUCGCAAGUGCACCAGUCACCAAUACGGGUGGUGUGCUAGGCGAUCUCUAUAGUCCUGCAUGGAGAGCACUGGCUCUGGCUGGCUACGCAAUGGCCGUCGUUGGCGGUCCAUGUCUAGGACCGAUCGCAUCUGCCGCGUUCGUGUCCAACCCAUCGCUUGGCUGGCGCUGGACGGAGUACUUCACUGGCAUCAUUCAAGGCGCCAUAGUCGUGUUCGAUGUAAUACUGAUCGAUGAGACCUACCCGCCGAAGCUCCUGGUCUACAAGGCGCGCCGCCUGCGCCACGAAACUGGCAAUUGGGCUCUGCACGCAAAAUUCGAAGAAUGGGACGUCAGCUUUUCGCAGCUAUGCCGCAAAUUCUUGGUCCGUCCUAUCCAGCUUCUGAUGACGCCUAUAUGCUUCCUUGUAGCUCUCUACGCCAGCUUCUGUUAUGGUAUAUUGUACAUGCAGCUUGGUGGCGUUCCCAUCAUCUUUGGCGAGCAGCGAGGCUGGUCUUCGGUGUCUGCUACACUACCCUUCUUGGGUAUCUUCCUUGGUGCGUGUUUUGGCGCGGCAAUAAAUUCUUACAACCAGAUCUUGUAUAACAAAGCAUAUCAUGCAGCGGGCGACCGUGCUGUACCAGAGAAACGUCUGCCGCCUAUGAUGCUUGGAUCUGUACUGUUUGCUUCAGGGCAGUUUGUCAUGGGUUGGACAGCGGAUCCACAAUUCCCUUGGAUCGCACCUGUCAUUGGCCUGGUUAUGUUGGGUACAGGUUUCUUCACCAUCUUUCAGGCAGCGCUGAAUUAUCUGGUUGACACGUUUACGGAGUAUGCUGCAUCUGCUGUCGCAGCGAAUACCUUCCUGCGAAGUUGCUUUGCUGGUGCAUUCCCGUUGGUAGUCACGCCUUUGUAUCAUAACAUCGGAGUUGGACCGGCGAGCAGCAUCACUGGCGGGUUUGCCGCCCUGUUAAUACCAGUACCAUUUGUGUUCUAUAUUUACGGCAAGAAAAUCAGGAAGAGAAGCAAAUGGUCGAGAAAGAGUGUCUUCAACUAGACAAGCUUUGUGUGUAACGUACUUUAUAAGUAUUUAGACCACUUUUGCCAAGUCUCCACUAAAACUCCAACUCUGCACAACAGUACAG